AUGGCGGCAAGUGCUGAUCGAGGGGGAGCGUCCACGAGGACGCCAGCAAGCGAGAACACUGCUGCUGCGCGCGCAUCCGAGGACAAUAAGAAUUUUCUCGUUUGGGGUGCGUGGCAUGACACGAUAAUCGAAAAACCUCUUCUGACGGAGAAAGUGCGGGGGGCAGUGCAAAAAACUCUUAUCGCGAAAACAUACUGUGUCGUUUUACGAACCGAUGGCACCGUGGUCGCAUGGGGAGAAAAUAAACAAGGCUGCCUUGGACUUGGCCCAGACACGACAGCCUCGAGUGACCCAAAAGCACUAGCAUUUGAUGAAGCUGUUGUGGAUAUUCAAAUGGGGACGAAGCAUUUACUAGCACUGACAGCAGCCGGUCGCGUCUACGCCUGGGGGAGCAACGAGUACGGGCAACUCGGAGUUGGGGAUGUGAGCAGUCGAUUUGCUCCAGCCGAGCUUCCACUACACGAUAGUGUCCGGCAGAUACUAUGCGUAGACAGUUGCUCCUUUGCGAUUACGAUCAAGGUAGUUUGCUGCUUCAUCUCUUACUGUACACAAUAGGGUCCUGCCGAUAUUAUGCGUAGACAGUUGCUCCUUGUCCUUUGCGAUUACGAUCAAGGUAGUUUCUUGUUUCUUCUUAUAAUAUAGAUACUGUGCGAGUCUGAGUGUGUGGCACUAGUACCUAGAUGACAAAUUGGAAUGUUCUUGUUUUGUAAGUGCAAAAAGAUUAAGAUUUUCGGAAACAGCACUGUGUGUAUUCAGAAAAUUGGAAUGUCAAUGUUGUACAAACAGACUAUAAUCAAUAUCAAGGUAAACCAAUUUAUGUAAAGGUAGCAUCUAGUAUAACAACGAAGAACGCGAAUUCGUCUUCACACGAUAACCCUAUAACAUGUGCGACUCGUUUGUGUUCUUUAUAUGAGAAUAGGAUCAGCUGCAACUAUCUUCCUUUUUGACAUGCACUGCUGUGCUGAACUAAUCUUUCUAGGGUGACGUCUUCGCUUGGGGCGACGUGCUUUGCGGAUUGAUUCCGAUCAGCUUCGACCAAGACAGUUUGCUGCUACCUACGCCGCUGUUGGCGCUACAUCCCUAUGCCAUACGGAAGCUAGAACUCGUCCGUGGCCCAGACGGUCAAAAAACGAUGAUGGCAUACGUUGACUACAAUGAUUAAGGCAAAGGCUCUUGAUUAUCAUUACAAGCUCAUUCUCUAUCACUGUUCUCUCCGCGGCUUCGAUGCUUAUUCAUUGAUAGUUUGUUGUUUCUCAGACUUGACCAGGAAGGUGGAUUCGACAUAUACAUGACCAAGAACUGCAUGCCUUCUGUAAGGGUUCGCAGAAAGUCACAACAGAACAAUGACACAGAACAAUGACUAUGAAAGAAAAGGGAUGGUCGACGCCGACGAGGAAGGCUCUAAAACUAAGAGGGCCAAGGUUUAGACGAUGAUGAAAUGCUCCUAGAGGAUGAGACCGAGGAGGCAAUGACAGAAAUGGUACAGCCAGAGAAAGCUCUUAUGGAAAGAAGUGACACACGAUAUGAAAGUCUAAGCGUAAGUCCAAUAAGAACCAGGUCCAUGAUAUUGGUAGCACCAGCAUAUGCAAUAGAUGGCACAAGGACUAGCCUUGUGGUCACAAGAUGAACAUCUUACAGUUUCAAUCUCUAACUGACGAUCCGAAGCGUUGUCGAAGGACAAUUUUGUCUAUCAGGGAAUACAUAUGCUUCGCACGUGUCUCGACACGACGAGGGAUUGGUACGAACAAGUGCUCGCUUUGAAGCAUGGGCAGCCUUAUGAAGUCGACGGCCACAACAACUACCUGAUCAAUACCAACCCGCUUGCAAACAACGUUAAGGCUCACGCUUAUAAUAAAUCAUGCAUCUCCAUGUCCACAGAAACUACGCAUCAAUCUAUCUCACUUUCCUUCUAAGAUUCUAAGACUAUGAACCAAUAGCGAAAGAUCAAGAUAAAGAAGAUGAAUUAUUGUGGGCUCUAACAAAGAGUCGGAGAUAAAGCAACGAGCGGCCAACGAAAUCAACAGCUACGACCUCGACGCAAACGCCUCGCUCGAUCUACUAUAUCUAUGUAGCAGGAUUCUGUAAUCUUCUUUGGAACUGCAAACGAAGAGAAGUAUGAAUAUGAUCCUUUUUUUUCUCAUAAAUCGUGGUGGAUACUACAGAUUUUCUACUUCUAUAAUCCAGGAUUGAAUUCAUUUUCAUGUUCAUCAGGAGAAAGAUUAAAAGCACAAAGGGCAAAUCAUGGCCACCAGACGGAGAAGUGAAUCAUAGGAAAUUAAUACGAUGGUAGCAUUGCCAUUAUGAUCACAAUUUUGUUCUUCAUAUCCUGACGCUUUGGGUUUGCUAGACCGUUUUAUCAAAGCGCAAGAGCAGCAGCAGAAGGAAUUCCGGAAAAUAGGGAGUAAAACAGCACGUUUUCUCAACGCGCUCUUUCUAGUUACGGGUUCGCUGUAACUGCAUCUUCAUGCGGUUUGACAUGUAUCCACUGAUUGAUAUAUACAUACGCAAAUAGAAUAGUUUUUCGAUUCUUCCAUUCAUUAGGUGGAUUAUAGUUUUCUGCUGCUGCUCUUGUACAAGUAGCAUACUAGGACAGCAAGAAGAUAAUACUUCUAGCUCCUCUAACGUCGAAGUCUGCCAGCUGCGUCGUGAGAAGAUAUCACGCACUAUCCUCACGCGCGAUAUGAUUGCCAGGAAGCGACAUAUCGAUCACCUGGACAGCUUCGCUUUAUGACUGAAAUAGAAAUUGAAGAUGAUGAUGUACUUCAGCAGAGAAACCACUUAUCCAGAUAUACCAGAAGUGCCAAUUUGUUUGUACUAUCUAUCGUCUAUGUAUACCGAAGCAAAAACUCUCUCCUACUUGCUGUUGUUGAUGACCAACCCCGACGCCGGAUUUCAAGCAAUAUAUAUUCAUAUGCUGUAGUAAUGUGAUUCUUCAUAUCCACGUGGCAGCAGUCUUGACCGGCACCACCAGGCUGUGAUGCAACUGCAGGAGAACGCAAGGCAGAUACGACGAGCAGCAAGUAGACACGAUAUGAGUCUCUUAGCACUGCAGAACGCAUUAGUGGAAAACUGUGAGCUUCGCAGACAUAAUCUGGAUUAUGGAAAAGCUUCCUUGUGCGUCGAAAAUUUUUGCCUAGUGUCUUCUAGAAUAUACUAAACUGUUGAAGUAGAAAGAAUUGUACCAUCGUAUGAUGAUUGAAUGAUUUUUUAAAACAGGUUUUGAUUUGAAGCAUCACCUGUUGUGUUUCCUCCAGAAUGGAAAACAAAAAUAUUCAGUAAGUGAGUCGAUGUUUGACAACUUUUUUCCUAGAGAAUUCCGAGAAACUGAAGAUCUCCACGCACUCGUCUACACUCUUCUAAUGAACAUUGGAGCAAAAAAUUAAGCAGAAAGCGCUGCCUGUUGGCGAGUUGCAAGGGCUUUCAAUAGACCGACUACGGAAAGCCUGGACAGAGAUGAAAUCUUUUUCGUACUACCAUUUUGCUCGUCCGCCGAUGCAAUCUUUUCAUCUUUCUUAGAUCUACAAACUAGCUUUGGUCUGAUCGUAAAGUUCCAAGGAACGACUAAAAUGCUCUACUUUCAAUGUCUUCAUCUAAUCUAUUUAUUAGCAGCUGCUUGUGGAUGAUAGAAUAUUCUGAAUCAAAUCCUAAUCUAUCAAUGAUUAAAUCCUUUACAACGUCUUUCUGUUUCAUGUUUCUUUCUUUCAUUUUAGUCGGGGCUUUACCACAAAUGUUAUUAACUCCUGUUGCUCUACACACUAGGCUAUUCGCUCAGCUCGAAGAAAUUGAGGACCAAGGGCAACUGGACAGCGUGCAGUUCCAGAACUUGGUGCAGCUCACUGGAACGAAGAUCGAUGCAGCACUUGACAACUUCUUGCCUGAGAACCAGCUGAUCGGUCACGAUUUUCUCUUGCCAGAAUUUCUUAUGCGCAACAGAAAAACAUACUAACGAGUCCAUGUACUGUUACGUAAAUAUUCCGAAUACUUAAGUACAGCGCACCAUGUAUUCAUAGUGAUUUCGAUAUCCAUCUAAGUAAGAGACAUUAGUGGUCGUACUACGUCUACAACAGAACUCGUUACUAUGACCAGCAACAACAAGUUCUUCAAUCUUUUGUCGCAAUAGCGUUCUUUGUUUUCUCCGUUCAUGUGUUUUUACGAUUUGCUAGUGGAGAAUGGCGAGUUGCGGAAAGCAUGUCACGCGUACCAGCUCCGCACGCUUGUGAAAGAGCGGAUAGCCCUGAAGUUACAUGACCUCGUUGCAAAUGACCAAACUAUUCGGGACGGCGUACCACCAGAUGGAUUGCCCUAAUGUGGUGCUAACAAAAAAAGAGAACUAGUAACUGGUAUCCCUAUGAUGUCCCGGCUAUUGUUAUAAAUAGUCUCCAUAGUAGUAUGUGUAUGACCGCUCGAGACACAUGCCUAUGCCUUUAGUUGUAUCAAGGGCCGCAACAUAACAAGAAAAAUGCGUACCUUCAUCCCUUUCAUUACCUGAUGAAGGUGAACUACAAAUGAUAUAGAUAGAAUAGCUUUAGCUUCCGCUGUUGCAGCUGUUGGACAUCAUUUUUUCCUGCCUCCUUCAAUGAUCGUAAGGACAAAAAGGGACACGCACUCGCUCUCUUUCAUCAGAGCUCUGCAAGCAGUGGCGCUGGUGAUUCCACUUCAAAUCUCAUCACUCCUUUUUUCCAUCCAUCUCUACGUAGUAAGACGAGACGCUUGGUGCAUAGUCGUGCAGACUUACAACAACCUCAAACUAGCGGUUUUAGGAG